UUCAAAGUUGGAUUGGCGGUGUUCUUUCCUCCCUCAGUCAGUCUGAUCUCUCUGCUGCAGCGCUGCUUCUCCCAUGGCACGAGCUAUUGUGAUAAUGGGAGUCAGCGGAUCUGGUAAAACAUCAGUUGCUAAGAUGCUUUCAGAGGCAUUGCAUUGCAGCUUUCUUGAAGCUGAUGACUUUCAUUCGCAGUCAAACAAAGUGAAGAUGGCGAGAGGAAUCCCACUAUGCGACGAAGAUCGGUUGCCAUGGCUCGAAGCUCUUCGUGAUGGAAUCCGGCAGAAGUUCACCGGCGGCGGCGGAGAGACGGUUGUUCUCGCCUGUUCGGCUCUGCAGAAGAGGUACAGGGAGAUACUCCGGGCAGCAGAUCCGGGUUACAGAGAAGGGGAGUAUGGUAAUUGUAUGGUUAAGUUCGUGUGUUUGGUGGCUGAUGCGGAAACAUUAGCUGAGAGGAUGAAGAGCAGGUGUGUGGAAGGAGGAGGAGACCAUUUCAUGCCGGUUUGUUUGUUGCAGUCGCAGUUGGAUUUGCUGCAGAUAUUUGAGUGUGAAGGGAUACCUCAGAUUGAUUCCGCCAUGAAUCUUGAGCUGGUUCUGAAGCAGAUUCUGAAUUUGAUUGAAGAUUUAUGGGGCUGAUUGGAGUAAUAGGUUUUUUAUGGUAAUACUACUGUUUUGUUUUGUUACAUCUUACUUAGUCAUGAGCAAUUUUUAGAAGUUAAAAAGGUAGUAUUUUUCAUGU